AUGCUACAACUUUCCUAGUUCAGAACGACCUAUUGAGGCAUAACUCCCUCAUACCUGACGGUCUUUCACUUAGAGUAAAGGUUGGUCUAUCCUACGCGCUACGCAGUAAUAGCGAAAGUGAAGAUUUGAAAACCAAUGCUGAGAAGUUUGUUCAAGGAUUGGGCCAACUAGCGUUCGCUUCUGUAGAUAAAGAACUCUUCCUGCGCAGGAAUAUGGAUCAGACAGCUGUCACAAAUCAGCGCCAGAAGAUUGAUAAUCUUUCACGCGGUGCUCUUCAGUACAAGGAUUCCAUUGACCUCAAUUCUUAUCGAAGUUUGACAUCGUAUGAUAAGGAUGAUUCCGAUGAUCAAAAGACGGUACCAAUUGUGCGCAUUACUCGAGGUGCAUUCCCUUUCAGUUGUGUUUCUUGUUUUCUUUUUAUUGUAAAUAUUGUCUUUUUGAAACGAUUUGGAUGUGGUGUGGUGCAUCCCACUGUGUCGCACACUUUUCUACCAUCGGGCUGGUCUUGCCUUCUUCAUCUUGAGACCCCUAUAUGCAGCGAGACGGAGCAGUAUUCUUUUCGAGUACGGCUUCACAAACUUUUUAAUCUGCCGCUAUCUGCACCGUGUCUUCGACCUGCUCAGUCCAUCACAUUUGCUCCCACAAAGCUUUUGCGUUCACCGCAUCUUCACAUAAAGAAUUACAAACCACGAGGAGUGGUUUCUACAGUGAAGGGAGACUACAACUACUAUCAUUACAUGCAGGAUGGAUUUGAUGAUGCUGGAUGGGGCUGUGCUUAUCGAAGUUUGCAGUCAAUUUGGAGUUGGUUUAUUCUAAAUGGAUUUACUGACAAACCAGUUCCAACCCAUUUGGAUAUUCAGAAGUGUCUGGUGGAAAUUAAAGACAAGGAAGAGAAGUUCAUUGGCAGCAAACAAUGGAUUGGCAGCACUGAAAUUGGUUUCGUAUUGGAUCAAAUGCUAGGUAUUGAGUCUCGAUAUAUUAUCACAAACUCUGGAAAUGAGGUUCCGGAACGAGCUCGGGAGCUCUUGGUACACUUUCAGACAGUCGGCUCACCCGUUAUGAUAGGUAAUCCCUUCUUAAUAGCGGAUUUUAGCCUAGAAGCCUGUAAAGCUGCAGAUUAG